AAUGAACAAUCUGUUCAAAGGGAGAUUGUCCGACGAGUAUCGACGGUGAAGGAGAAAUCCGAAAAGAUCAAUAUCAUUUGAAAAAAGAUGAGACGACGACCAGGAAUCGGAGGAUUGCAAAAAGCUGCGGCUGCUAGGGAUCAAUACCGUUUACUGGGAGAAAAUGUUGCGAAGCUACGCACGGAUCUCAUGAAGGAACAACUCGCCACUUUCCGAUCUCAGCUUGAAGAAUUCGCUCGUAAACACAAGAACGAUAUUCGUAAAAACCCUGCCUUUAGGGCUCAAUUCCAUGAAAUGUGUGCUAAAGUUGGAGUAGAUCCUCUGGCUUCAAACAAGGGUUUCUGGGCUGAGCUACUCGGAAUUGGUGACUUCUAUUAUGAAUUGGGAGUACAGAUAAUUGAAGUUUGCAUGCUAACAAGGUCCCAUAAUGGAGGCUUGAUCAGUUUACAGGAGCUAUGCAACCAUCUUCGUCAGAGAAGAAAAAAAGACCGUGAAGCUGUGACUGAAGAUGAUUGUCUUCGAGCUAUUAGCAAGCUAAAGGUUUUGGGCAGCGGAUUUGAGGUCAUCACGGUUGGUAAGAAAAAGCUUGUCCGUUCAGUCCCCACUGAGUUAAACAAAGACCAUAACCAAAUCUUAGAGUUGGCUCAGGGCCAAGGCUUUGUAACUGUAGAAGAGGUACAAAGACGACACUCAUGGACUUCUGGUCGAGUUAUAGAUGCCCUCGAAACUUUAUUAGAAGAGGGUCUUGCGAUGAUUGAUGAUGGUCAUAAAGAUGGUAAACGUCGCUAUUGGUUCCCGUGUGUUUCUUCUGUUUAUGCAACUAGUGGAGCAGAUACUUAAAAUUAAUUUGAUUCAAUCUUUUUGUAUCCCUAUGUUUCAUUGUCUGUCAUAUUUUCUGGCUAGUAAAGGAUUUGCAUGUACAUACAUGAAGAAACAAAUUGAUGAGAUACAAUUUAUUAUU